AUGGAGCCUUUGAUGUCCCAUAUCCAGGAUAUCUCCAAGAGGUACUACGUUCCACAGACCAAUGUCGCCGUUGACGAGAUGAUUAUUCGUUUCGUUGGUAUCAGUAAGCACACAUAUCACAUCAAGAACAAGCCAAUGCCGGUUGGCGACAAGGUAUUGGCUCUCUGUGGUGCCGCCGGGUACACGUUUGCAUUCCUACCCGAAUCCAGGGUGGACAAGGACAAGGAGCUUGUUGAUCAGAUGAAGUUGUCGAGCAUGGAUUGGAAUGACAAGCACGCUGUCGUCGUCGAUGAUAUCCCCAACCUUUUGUGGAUGGACUAUGGUCCCCGUGACUGUGUUGACUACAAUCCACAGUUUUCACACCCCUGA